AUGGUGCGCCCGACUCGUCAGCGGGCUCAGGCUCAGGCCCAAGGCCAGAAUCAGAACCAAGCACAGCCUGCCCAGCAAACCCAAGAUUCUCAGCAAGAUCAAGCUGCUCCGCAGACCCAGGCGCAGGGCGCUAAUCGCCCCGCCCGCCAUAUCUCGGGACCGCAAUCUGCUUUGACAGACUACCUUGCUUCCCACAACAUCUCUGCAAACCAGAUCCGUCGCAACGCUGACCAGCGUCGUGCUGCUGCCGCCCGAAGCCUCGAGGCCCAGGGUGGCAACAAUGCUGAAGAUGGAGAGGAGGCAGCCGGUCCUUCGACCGAGCCCACCGAGACAACUGAGAGCGCUCGCAAUGAGACUUCAGCCGAGAGAGAUAAACGCAAGAGGAAGGAGCAGCAGGCGCUAGCGAAGAUCAAGGCGUCCAAGUCAUUCAAGAAGCGGAAGCGCCAUGCUGAGCACUUCACUGGCGUUUCCGAGGACGACGACGACUUUGCCCGCACCAUCUUCAACCAGCGGGAAAAGCCUAUGCCUGGCCAGAUGGACAACUGCGCCAUCUGCAAGAAACGCUUCACUGUUACGGCCUACUCGCUUACUGGGCCUGAAGGCGGUCUUCUUUGCGCUCAGUGCAGCAAGGAUCAUGCUGCAAAGAAGGGGAAAGGUGCGAAGAAGCCUCGGAAGUCACUUGGCGGCCAGGGCAGCCGUCGCAAGGUGCAGAGUAACAUCCUCGACGGCACCUACCAGACUGGAGCCAAGGAUUUGACCACACUUUGCAUUGAGACGCUUGCCAAAAACGUCGACCUUGCCGACAGCUUGGGUGAUCUGCCGGAUAAGGUUGUCGACAAGAUUGCUCGGCUCUUUUCCAAGCGUCGACUGCUCACUCCGGAGACGCUUCCACUGUUCGUGCAGCCCUCGACCUUGACUGUCAAGAUCUAUGACGGCGCCAAGCUGGGUCCAAAUGACUUUGAGGGCAUAUUCCAGACCGCCAGCGGUCUUCAGCAUUUCAAGGCCCGCAACGCCAUCCAAUUCAAGGACGAGGUCAUGGACUAUCUCUUGACACGCGACACCAAGAUUCUGUCCUUCAACAUCCACGGGGCAAACUUGCUCAGCGAUAGUAGCUGGUCUAUGUUCAUCUCAACAAAAGGUGCGGACCUGGAAGCCAUUCAAGUCUACUACACGGAUAGACAUUUUGGGGACGAGAUACUUAACCAGCUUUCGAUUAACUGCCCAAAGCUGAACCGUCUUAAAGUCUAUCACAACCAGAAGGUCACGAACAUCGGCGUUAGAGCAAUUGGUGACAUCAAGACUCUGAAGCACCUUGGCCUUCAUUUACAGCAUGACAUCAGUCCCAAGAGCCUGUCCCACAUGAUAUGUGGUGCGGGACAGUUAUUGGAGACGCUUUCCCUGAGAAAGAUGCCCAAGUCCAACGACGAGGUUUUGACUGCCAUCAAGAACACCUGCCGAUCCCUCAGAAAGCUACGCAUCACCGACAGCGAGGACAUGACAGACGAAGGUUUUGUCGACUUGUUCACCGACUGGGAAAACCCUGCCAUCGAUGUCAUUGACUUCCAGAAGUGCCGACAUCUUGAGUCCACCAACCCUCGCAACAACCCAGACGGGGUCGGUCUCUGCUCUGACGGUUUCCGUGCCCUUAUGAAGCACUCGGGCGGCAAGCUCAAGAAUCUCAACAUUCACGCGUGUCGCCACAUCAGGCGCGACGCCUUCGAGGACGUCUUUUCCAAGGACGAUCAGUAUCCUCAUCUCGUUAAGCUCGAGAUCAGUUUCAUUGAAGACGUUGACGACUUCGUCCUUGGCCGUAUCUUCCGGAGCUGUCCCAACGUUCGCGAGAUCAACGUCUUCGGCUGCAUGAAGGUCAAAGACGUCAAGGUGCCAAAAGGCAAGGUCCUUGUCGGAGUCCCCAACGCCAUUGGAAUGGUAAUUGAGGGCCAAGAUGAUUAG